GUCCCUCAACAUCCACAGAUCACAAUCACAUAGCAGAUUGCGUCCAACUCGUUCGCUCCGACUCAGUGAUUUUAGUACCGAGUUUACUCAAUCGAACACUAUGAGCUGGCUCAGGAGGAUCGAGCUCAUUGAGCCCUACUACCGCCCGCCGCCGCCGUCGGCGGUUAUUCUCCGGGAGACCUCCAUUUUCGCCGCUCCCAAAACCCUGCAUUGCCCUUUCCCUUCGUUUUUCGAGGAGGUUGAGGAGGAUUACGAGCUCGGAUACGCGCUGGAGCUGUUGAGUCCGACCCCGAUCAAAACGCCGUCGCUUCUUUCCUACGGGAUGAUUCGGCGAGUCGAGAGGCUCGGGGGUGAGCUGUUCCUGCAGAGCCUGAGCGACCGAGUCAGUGAGCUCGAGUCGCGGUUCGAUCGGCUGGCGAUGGUGAAAUUGGGCGGGGAUCGGAAGUACACUUGGACGGCGGAGAUCAAGGGGCCGGAGAAGCACGGGCUCGAGCGGAAGUACAAGUUGACGACGGAUAUUAAGGAGGGGAAGCAUAAGAACAAGGCGGCAGAGGAGGCGACUGCGAAGAAGUACAAAUGGACGGCUGAGAUUGAAGGGAAGGGAGAGAUCUCGCGGAAGUACUCGUUCACAGCGUCGAAUGGCGGUGAUAGUGACAGUAGCGACACCAAGGAGAAGGAGAAGAAGAAGAAGACGAAGGGCAAGAAUGGAAGCAAGAAGGAAAAGAAGGAAGAGAGUGACACGCGUCUGGUGGAGAUUGAAGAGCUUGUUGAUCAUGGGGCUGUCGUUCUACGACAGGCUUUUGCAAAGAGAGCUGGAGGCAGCAGAAAUGUGAAGGGCAAGAGGAAGGAGUUGUCUCCUCAAGAUGCAGCAAUGAUGAUACAGAUGACUUUCAGAGCUUAUCUGAUCCGCAGAUCACAGGCUCUUAGGGCCCUUCGGGAUCUCGCUGUUGCCAAGUCCAAGUUGAAGGAGCUCAGGGCACUGUUUAAUAACUUCUCUUACCGCCGCCGUGUUGCCCAUGAUGCAGCAGAGCGUCAGAGGUUCACUGAAAGAAUCAUCGUCCUCCUCCUCACUGUUGAUGCCAUUGAGGGUGCUGAUGUGAUGGUGCGUUCAGCAAAGAGGUCAAUGGUGGAUGAACUUGAAGCGAUGCUUGAUGUGGUUGACCCUCAGCCUGCUGGUGCUGGAAAAUCACUUUCCAUGAAGAGGAGGACCUUCGAUAUGCCAGAUGGUGUCAUUCAGAGGGAAAUCGCUGAAGGUGUGGCACAGGUUGUCCAAAUGCUUGAACGCGAAGAGAACAGUUCUAAUACCUUUGAGGCAUGCUUGUGAGCGUAUGGUAAUACCACCGAUCACCGCCAUUUAGUGGUUUUUUCUUGUUGUAGCUCUUGCUAGAGAUAUGUAGCCUAGCUGGGGAGUUUGAAGGGCUUGCUUCUUCUCAUGAGUAUCAAGUUAAAACCUGCAUGAUAUUCUCCCAGUAGCAAGAUGGUAGUCUGGUUUGUCUGCAUUGUGCUUAGACUUGUAUCGUCAAAUCGCUGCGUUAUAUAUUCAGUUUUCUAAGUCUAGAUAAUCCUUGUUUUGUGAACUACCUUUAAUAACAUGUUUGACAGAGCUUUGAACA